AGUUCCACAAUCCUAUCGCUCUCUCGAAGUGGCGUAUCGAGCCUUGGUCAGCCAAUGGGGAGCGGCCCAGGAGGCGGACCAGGCCGCUGCCAGGGUUGGGUGCGCCGCUGAACGGAUGGCAGAGGGAGCCCAGCCGAUUCCUGAGGAACGCUGGCCAGCUAUUUGAGUGUCAUCUGCUGCCUCCCAUUGAUGUCAAGAUGACUAAGCUGGGAUUUUUGCGGUUGUCCUAUGAGAAGCAGGACACACUACUGAAGCUUCUCAUUCUGUCGAUGGCUGCUGUGUUAUCAUUCUCUACUCGUCUCUUUGCUGUCCUGAGAUUUGAAAGUGUCAUCCAUGAGUUUGACCCGUACUUUAAUUAUCGGACUACCCGGUUCCUGGCUGAGGAGGGAUUUUAUAAAUUUCAUAAUUGGUUUGAUGACCGAGCCUGGUAUCCUUUGGGACGAAUCAUUGGAGGAACAAUUUAUCCAGGCUUAAUGAUCACGUCUGCUGCAAUCUACCAUGUACUCCAUUUUUUCCACAUCACCAUCGACAUUCGGAAUGUCUGUGUGUUCCUGGCCCCUCUCUUCUCUUCCUUCACCACCAUCGUCACGUACCACCUUACCAAAGAGCUCAAGGAUGCAGGGGCUGGGCUUCUUGCUGCCGCCAUGAUUGCUGUAGUUCCUGGGUACAUCUCCCGAUCUGUGGCUGGCUCCUAUGAUAAUGAAGGGAUUGCCAUCUUCUGCAUGCUCCUCACCUACUACAUGUGGAUCAAAGCAGUAAAGACUGGUUCCAUCUAUUGGGCUGCCAAGUGUGCCCUUGCUUAUUUCUACAUGGUCUCUUCCUGGGGAGGCUAUGUGUUCUUGAUCAACUUGAUCCCUCUCCAUGUACUGGUGCUGAUGCUCACAGGACGCUUCUCCCACCGGAUCUAUGUGGCCUACUGUACUGUUUACUGCCUGGGCACCAUUCUUUCCAUGCAGAUCUCCUUUGUGGGUUUCCAGCCCGUCCUUUCGUCAGAGCACAUGGCAGCUUUUGGGGUCUUUGGUCUCUGCCAGAUCCAUGCCUUUGUGGAUUAUCUGCGCAGCAAGUUGAAUCCACAGCAGUUUGAAGUUCUUUUCCGAAGUGUCAUCUCCCUGGUAGGCUUUGUCCUUCUCACCGUGGGAGCGCUCCUCAUGCUGACAGGAAAAAUAUCUCCCUGGACUGGGCGUUUCUACUCACUGCUGGAUCCUUCUUAUGCUAAGAACAACAUCCCCAUCAUUGCUUCUGUGUCUGAGCAUCAGCCCACGACCUGGUCCUCAUACUAUUUUGACCUACAGCUUCUGGUCUUCAUGUUUCCAGUUGGUCUCUAUUACUGCUUUAGCAACCUGUCUGAUGCCCGGAUUUUCAUCAUCAUGUAUGGUGUGACCAGCAUGUACUUUUCAGCUGUCAUGGUGCGUCUCAUGCUAGUGUUGGCACCUGUAAUGUGCAUCCUUUCUGGCAUUGGAGUCUCCCAGGUGCUGUCCACUUACAUGAAGAAUCUGGACAUAAGUCGUCCAGACAAAAAGAGCAAGAAGCAACAGGAUUCUACCUACCCUAUUAAGAAUGAAGUGGCAAGUGGGAUGAUAUUGGUCAUGGCUUUCUUUCUCAUCACCUACACCUUUCAUUCAACCUGGGUGACCAGUGAGGCCUACUCUUCUCCCUCCAUCGUGCUGUCUGCCCGUGGUGGGGAUGGCAGUAGGAUCAUUUUUGAUGACUUUCGAGAAGCAUACUAUUGGCUCCGUCACAAUACUCCAGAGGAUGCAAAGGUCAUGUCAUGGUGGGAUUAUGGUUACCAGAUUACGGCUAUGGCAAAUCGGACAAUUUUAGUGGACAAUAACACAUGGAAUAAUACUCAUAUUUCUCGAGUAGGACAGGCAAUGGCAUCCACAGAAGAAAAAGCCUAUGAGAUCAUGAGGGAGCUUGAUGUCAGCUAUGUGCUGGUCAUUUUUGGAGGCCUUACUGGGUAUUCCUCUGAUGAUAUCAAUAAGUUUCUGUGGAUGGUCCGCAUUGGAGGGAGCACCGACACAGGCAAACAUAUUAAGGAGCAUGAUUAUUAUACUCCAACUGGGGAAUUCCGUGUGGACCGUGAAGGUUCUCCAGUGCUGCUCAACUGCCUUAUGUACAAGAUGUGUUACUACCGCUUUGGACAGGUCUACACAGAAGCCAAGCGCCCACCAGGCUUUGACCGUGUCCGGAAUGCUGAGAUUGGGAAUAAAGACUUUGAACUUGAUGUCCUGGAGGAAGCAUAUACCACAGAACAUUGGCUAGUCAGGAUAUAUAAGGUAAAGGACCUGGAUAAUCGAGGCUUGUCACGGACAUAAAUGUUACAGCCAGCUCUGAUACGCUUCGCACUGAACGCGUCACGUUUAGGACGCUGAAGACGUUUUUUAAAUAUGCAGUUUAUAAGAACAGAGCACGAUGGGAUUAGUAUUGUCUGGAAGUUUUGCCCUGGGCAGUAUGGGCUGGGCCGAAUGGAAUGAUUUUUAUAAUUCUGAGCAGGUUACCAAAUGAAAUGUCAUGGCUUUACUUUGGUCAAUUAAAGGGGGGAACUUUUUUUUUUAAAUGUGCCUUAUUUCUUUUGACUUAUGGCUGGUUUGAGAAAGACAAAAGUUUGUGCUGGGCUGAUAGAAGGAGGGAAAGCAGACCUCGUCCAUGCUGUUAGCUUCCUAAUUAAACCCCGUGGGGGCAUUCUGUCUCUCUCAAAUCAGGAACACUAUCAAGGACUAGCUCAGAUCCUACACGUACAAAUAAUUUUGUCAUUUCAAAAAUCGUAGCACCUAGCACAAAGCCUUGCAUACGGUGGGUGCUCAGUAAACUUUUAUUAAAUAAAUAAAUGUUUGUGGAA